AGAACUUGUAUGGUCUUACUGUUUGCUCGUGCUUAAUUUUAUUUUCCACCUGUAAAAUUAAGUUUAUUAAAGAAAUUAAGACAAUUUUGCCAUGGCACACUUGCGGGAGACCUCGGACAAGGCGCUGAAGAUGCUGCGCACGCUGCCGCGCGUGCAGAUCGGUAAUCUGCGGCCGAAUCCCAACUCAAAACAAAAUGACAAGCGUGGCCGGGCGCAGCACGGCGGAGACAAGCACGGAGCGGGCAACAAGGGAUCCGGCCAGCGGCAGAACUUCAUGAGGUUGGGCUACGAGACGGGCAACCAGCCCUUCUACCUGAGAUUCCCCUACGAGCCCUACUACAAGGGUCACCACAUGAAGCGCCAGUAUCCGCCCAUUUCGCUGCUCCAGCUGCAGGUGCUCAUCGACACCAACCGGAUAGACAUCAGCCAGCCCAUUGACAUCAGCACGCUGUGCAACUCCGGCCUCCUGAAGCUAAAGCCCGCUGAAAUGGAGUACGGAUUCCAGCUCACGGACGACGGACUGGACAACUUCCAGGCCAAGAUCAACAUUGAGGUGCAGCACGCCAGCGAGGCGGUCAUAGCAGCCAUAGAAAAGAACGGCGGUGUAAUCCGUACCGCCUACUACGAUCCUCGCAGCCUACACAUGCUGGCCAACCCGAAGAAAUGGUUCGGGAAGGGAGUGCCCAUCCCCAGCCGUAUGCUGCCCCCUCAGGAUGCCGUCGACUACUACACGAACGCGAAGAACCGCGGCUACCUGGCCAAUCCCGAGGAGAUCAGCCAGGAUAGACUGGUGCUGGCCCAGAAGUACGGCUACCAGCUACCGAAAAUUGAAGAUGAUCCCGCCUACGAGAUGCUCACCACUGCCAAGGACCCCAGGCAAGUGUUCUAUGGCCUGGAGCCCGGCUGGCUGGUCAACAUUGUGGAUAAAACAAUCGUCAAGCGCAAGCAAUAGCUAGUCGAGUUUGUUACUAUGCCUUUUUGUUAAAUAAAGAAGUGGAUUACAAAAA